GACGCAAGGCCGAAUCGGUACGGCGCCUUUAAGAGCCGCGUGGGAAACGAUGGCCUCGGCCCACCGCAAGGAAAUCCCUUGCGAGGAGGAAGAGGAGGAAGAUGAAGAAAUCUGCUGGUUCAUGGGAGAGAUGCUGCUUUUCUACUGUUUGGCUGUCCUCGUUCUAAAACUCGGUUCCCUCGCGGCGAAGAGGUUUUUCCUGAAACAACCGUGCGGAACUCUGUCUUGCAACUGGAAGGUCCAUUCGAAAGGCGGCCAAGACUGCAGCUGCCAAUGUCAUUGCAAGAUCACCCUCUGCGGCCUUUUCAGGAAGAUCUUUGGGGGGAAAGGGAACGAAGAAACGGGGGACCCCCCAGUCUCGCCCCCCAUGAAAAAGCGCCUGAAGAAGCGCCUCUCCCUGCUCAGCCAGCAGACCUUCUGCGACAGCGAUUCCUCCGGCACGGGCAGCCCCGAUUCCCAGCUCUCCUCCUGGAAGUGGAGCCAGACGGGCGACAGCGUCAGCCUGGCCGGCCGGAUGAAGAAGAAACAGCCGCGGACGGCCAAAAGCCCCCGGGACCCCGAGACCGCCUGGAUGAGGCAGCAGCCCUGCCUGCGUUGCAAAGCCAAACGGACGCGCGAGUGGCUCGUCCGACAUUUCUACAACCAAGAUCCCCCUUUGCAAAAGAAGUAG